UAAUUGUCCUGUAACUUUAUAUUAUUUAUAUAUUAUUUAUUUAUUUUAACUUUACAGAAUCACAGGUGCGACGAUGACGUCACGCUGCGUCAGUUUGGACACGUUUAUGGAGGAGUUUGCUCAGUUAGAGCAGAAAAUCAUAGAAGUCCAUGGUAAGAGCAACAUGCUGGAGGUGAAGCUGGACGAUGCAAACAGACUCGUCAAAUUCUACCUGAGCAAAGAGAAGAGUCUCACUGAAGAGCGAGACGUCCUUCUGUCCACCGUCAACCGGCUUCAGCAGAGUCUGCAGGAGCAGUGCAACCUCAGAGUGGAGAACGAGAGAGUGAAGGAGGACAUGGUCGACCUGAAGAGACGCAGUGACAGAAGAGUGGAGGACAGAGAGGCUGAGGUUCGACGGCUGCUCACUGAAAAGGCCACAGAGACAGACAGACACCAGAGGGAGCUAGAGGCUGUGAGACAGCAGAGCAGGAGGGAGGUGGAGCUCGCUCACAGGGACUGUUUCAGUCAGUUGGAGGCCAAAGACACUGAGCUGAAGAAGCUGCUGCAGGAGAAGAACGUGGAGGUGGAGGAGAUGAAGACGAGGCUGAAGAUCCAGGAGAGAGAGAAGCAGAGUGAACUGCUGAAGCUGCAGAUGGAGUUUGGUGCAAAGUUUGCCAGAGUUCAGAGUUCAGCUCAGAUCAACCAGCAGCAGCAUCAGGGCUCCAGUGUGAUGCUUCCACAGAGCGUCUUCAGGAGGAAGCUUCAGUUCAUGCAGGAGGAGAAGAACAGAGAGAUCACGUCUCUGCGUCAGAGAAUCAAAGAGCUGGAAGAGAAGCAGCGAAUCAGCAGCAUCAGCAGCAGCAUCAGCAGCAUCAGUGACAACCGUCUGAAGAGGAGAAAGGUGACCAGAGUGUGUACUCUUUAAUCCAAUCAGACGUCUGCAGAGAGGAGGAGGAGUGAGAGGAUGAGGGGGUAAGAGGGUUCAAGCUCUUCUUUUGGCGCCGCUGCCGCUCACAAGGACGACACACCUGAAUGAAGAAGCUCCGCCCCCCUGAAGAAGUGCUGACCUCAUGC